AUGGAUGAUGACUUUGACCGCCGCAUGGAGCUGAGGAGGCAGAGGAGAGAGCAGAUGCGUCAGGAUGCAGAGAAGGGCGUUUUCACAAACGAUGACGAUGAGGAGGAGGCUCGAGAGCGAAGGCGACGUGCCAGGGAAGAAAGGAAGAAAAUGAGAGACUCGGACGAGUCUGGAACGACGGACACGGCCGACACUAACAGCGUGACGGAGACCGAAUCGUCUGCGACUGUUCCCGGAGGAGCGGAGGAUGACCAGGCUCUGCUGGAGCGCCUGGCCAAGAGGGAGGAGCGCAGACAGAAGAGGAUGAAGGAGGCGAUGGAGAGGCAGAAGGAGCUCGACCCCACCAUCAUCUCCACCAACGGCACGGACGGCGGCCUGCAGGAGCAGCCCCCCAAAAAGAAAGAGGAGGAUGAGAAGCGGAAAAAGGAGGCAGAAGAGAAGAAGAAAAAGGAGGAGGAGGAUAAACGUAAAAAGAGGGAGGCUGAAGAGAAGAAGAAGAAGGAGGAGGAGGAGAAACCUAGGAAACUCGGCUUUAAGGAGAAGAAUGAACCUGCCAAGCAGAACGGAGCCAUCUUUGAGAAUAAACUGAAGAAAACAGAGAAAACAACAAGGGACGGCGUUCCUUCCAGCAAGGCGGAGGACGCCGAGCGACGGGAGGCCGAGCGCAAGCUGCUGGAGCUGAAACAGCGGCGGAACGACGCCGAGAGCGAGGAGAUCGAGAAGAUGAAGCAGAAGCAGCAGGACGCGGAGGCCGAGCUGGAGGAGCUCAAGAGGAAGAGGGAGGAGAGGAGGAAAAUCCUCGAGGAGGAGGAGAAGCAGAGGAAGAAGGAGCAGGAGGAAAAGAAAGCCAAAGAGCAGGAGGAGAGGAAGAGGAUGAAGGAGGAGAUAGAGAAAAGAAGAGCAGAGGCUGCAGAGAAGAAGAAACACAUGGGGGAGGAAGCAGCAAAACCUGAUUUCACCAUCAGUCCAAAAGGCUCCUCUAAGAUUGGGGAAAAGGCAGAGUUUCUGACCAAGUCUGCUCAGAAAAGCCCAGCGAGGUUGUCACAUACUCCGCUUGUGCCAAAGAUUGGGAACAGAUUAGAACAGUUCACCUCCGCUAUGCAGGGAAACAAAGAGGUAAAAUCUCCCAAGUCUCCUCUGGCCGACAUCCCUACGGGAGGCACGCGCAACAUCAAGAGCAUGUGGGAGAAAGGCGCUGUGAGCAGCCCCCCCGAAAGCCCGGCUCCUGCAAACAAGGAUGCGGCUGGUAUCAAAGGAAGUGUGGCGGGACGCGGCAACAGCUGGAAGGGGAAGCCUGCAGAAGCAGAGAAGACCCCGGUUCCUCCAGCAGCAGCAGCAGCACCAUCACCGCCAGCAGCUGCAAAGCCACCAGAGGCCAAACCGGGUGAAGUUGGUAAACGCGGCAUGUGGGAAGCCAAGAGAGGCUCUGCACCAGCCAAGGUGGCGGUUGGAGGGAAAAGCAAGUUCAAUUAGAAAGACACCAAACGGCUUAACAAAAAAAAAAAAUAUAUAUAUAUAUAUAUAAACAACCGAUGACUUCAUGGUCAAGCUGUUUCCUGACUGAAAAGGUUUCUGCUCUCCUUCGGGCUCCUUUGCCCUUCACCGCACUUCUCAUUCCUGCCAGAAAGGGAGCCGACGUUCCAGGCUGCCAAUCACCUGCACCAGCUAACAUCUGCUCUACGGUACGAGUAAUUCUGCACUGCUGCGUAUUUGAUCACUUCCAACCCCAAUCAAGGAGAAGUUGAUGCGACCAUGCUGAGUUUUGGCUACAUAGAUGACUGCCGUGAGGACUCAUAAUCUGUUAUUCAGCCGUAAUGUGACAUACAAAUGUGACAAAAACAUUUAAUGACAAAAUAAUUAUGCUUUUACAAUAACAGUUAUCUUUAAAUACCAAUAUCGGAGGUUGUUCUUUGCAAUGCAUGCCCCAAGGAACAAGUGAACUAAGCAAUUUAUUUGGGCCUCCAAACCAACAGGGGGCGCUCAACCACACUGCAACUUUCACACAAGUCUGGUUUUUGAAUCGUUUAUUUUAUUUUAUUUUGUUUUUUCUUUUUUUGUGUGGGGUAAAUCUGUUGUAAUUGUGUAACACAAACCUUGUUAUCCUCUAUAUUCAAAAUUUAGAUCAGUGUAGUAUGACGGUGAAGAAAAUAUUUUGUACUUAAAUGUUUAAAGGCAGCCCAGCUGUUUCAUGCUUCUCAUUUCUAUGGAAAAGUACGGACUAACAACCUAAAUCAACGUAUCAGGGAAAGCAUUUCGGUUUUUUUUCUUCUUCAAGUUAAGGUAGCUUCUCCUACAUCAUGUCCACCAUCUUUUCAGACAGCAGACAUUUCUAGCUCUAGAUGUCAAAAACAAACAAAUACAAAGAUAUUCUGAUAUUU